UUUAGAUUGCCAAGGGGCUUUUAAAAACAGCACAAAUAUUAAUUGCUUUAUAUCUAUGUAAAAUAUGCUUCAUUGCAAUUUGCAAAUAAAUAUCUUAAUUAUUGUUCAGCUGAGCUCUAGAUGUGAACGGACUGUAUAACUUAAGAAAACAACAGAGGCAGAGAGUGCAAAAUAAAACUGACAAAUACGAGAGAAAAGACGUUUGAGUAGUUCUAGUAAAAAAGAAACCAGCAGAAACAGGGUUAAUUCUAGCCUUAUAAGGCUGUUCAGCAGCACUUCAACUGCACACAAAUUAGAACAACCCUGGGAAUCUAUAAAGCUUGUUUUAUUGCCAAGAACAUGCAGCAUGAUCUGCAUUUUGCUCUUGUAAACGAUCCUUUAUUUAAUAAGUUUUAAAGCAGAAUAGACUUUGACGUGAUUUUUGUUUUUACUGCUGAAUCAUCAACAGGUGGCAUCCACUGCAGCUCUGCACACCUAAAUGCAAGUUUUUACCGAGAGGACAGUGGAAGUUGGCACAUCCAUUACGUGUGUACCCAGCAAGGAGCAGCCUGCUGCUGUCUGGAGCAAAAUCAGCUCGGGAGAAAUGGAAUUAAGGUCCAAGGAUGUUCAUUGAUUAUUAAAAGAAAACAAAUGGAGCUAAAAUUCCACUGGCUUCCAGCUUGCAUGAAGAAACACUGUUGCUGAAAAGCUUUUAUUAAAGUGACCCAAGUACCACCAUGGUAAAAAGAUUCCUAUAUGAUCUUAAGGCAUACAGGAACUGCAAAUUCUCUCAUUUAAAAUGUAUAUAGAAUCCUGUAAAACAAAUUAAAACAUUCACAAUUUGUAGUAUUAUAUUUCAGUCAGUUUUAAGCCUAAUUAAUCUGACUUUUAAAGCAUUUUAAUUUCCUAUACAAAAGUCUGUAUCUUUUUAAAUUCCAAUCAAAAAUGCUUAUUGGGAAUUCAGUUGAAACCAACCAAAAAUCUGAUUUUCUCUGUAUUGCCACCAAACUGUGAGUACUAAUACCUUUUCUGCAGACAUUUUAACCAUGGAAACUUAUUCUGCCUCAGUAUCACCUGUUAUAUGUAACAGCACAACUUUUAACCUGAACGGAUCCCAUUUGUGUAACGAAAGCAUAUCCUCUAGAUUAGCUGAUAAAUCAGAACACCAACAAUAUGUUAUUGGCCUUUUCUUAUCGUGCCUUUACACAAUAUUCCUUUUCCCUAUUGGUUUUGUGGGAAACAUUCUGAUACUGGUUGUCAACAUUAGCUUUCGGGAAAAAAUGACAAUCCCAGACCUUUACUUCAUAAACCUGGCAGUGGCUGAUCUCAUUCUAGUGGCCGAUUCUCUCAUUGAGGUGUUCAAUCUUGACGAGAAGUAUUACGAUAUCACCAUCAUUUGUACCUUUAUGUCUUUGUUCCUUCAGAUCAACAUGUAUAGCAGCAUUUUCUUUCUGACAUGGAUGAGUUUUGACAGAUACCUAGCCCUGGCCAAAGUAAUGAGGUCCAACCUCUUUCGCACUAUGCAGCACGCUAGACUGAGCUGUGGGCUCAUAUGGAUGGCAUCCAUUUCAGCAGCUCUAGUCCCAUUCACAGCCGUGCACUUACAACACACCGGAGAGGUCUAUUUUUGUUUUGCAGAUGUAAAAGAAAUCCAGUGGCUAGAGAUAACCCUGGGGUUUAUUAUCCCCUUUGUGAUCAUCGGUCUGUGUUACUCAUUAAUUGUUCGAGUCCUUAUAAAAGCACACAAGCACAGGAGUCUCCGUCUGCGGCGACAGAAGGCUCUGCGCAUGAUUUUUGUUGUUGUCCUGGUUUUCUUUAUCUGCUGGCUCCCUGAAAACGUCUUCAUUAGCGUCCAACUUCUCCAGAGGAAAAGCGAGCCCAUCUCUUCAAACAGCCCAUCCUUCAGGCACGAUUAUCCUUUAACAGGACAUAUUGUGAACCUAGCAGCUUUUUCUAAUAGCUGCUUGAACCCCUUAAUUUACAGUUUUCUGGGGGAAACCUUCAGAGACAAACUGCGACUGUACAUUGAACAGAAAACAAAAAUGUCAACACUGCAUCGCUUCUGUCAGGCUGCCUUAACGUCUGUCAUUCCUGACAGUAAUGAGCAAUCAGAGGUCUGAUGUAGUGUCACUGUAUAAAACAUAUGACUGUGAAGUUGUGCAAAUAGUGAACAAAAUGCUUGCUACUAACAGAAAAAAAGUGCAUUUGUGUGUGUGUGUAUAUAUAUAUAUAUAUAUUGUAUCGCUCUAUUGAGUAUUGAAGGUUUAUAGUCAAAAUGUUUUUAUGACAAGACUUUAAUGUAGAAGAAUAUGUUUUAGUCAGAUUUAUAUUUAAUUAUGAACAGGAUUAUUAAAAGCUGAGCA